UGGGGCCUGUUGCACAAAAGUAGAAUUAAGACAUCCGGGAUAAAUGACUCAGCUGAGCUCAAUGAAGCCAAAACAUGUGCGUCCAGGCUUAAUUGGUUGCACAAAGACCAAGCCAGGAUGAGCAGACACGGAUUCAUUAAGCCAGGUGAAACCAAUCCUGGAUAGGUGCGCGCUCACGGCUCACUCAAAUAGACCCCGCCACAGAUCACAGAUGAACUGAUUUACCAUGGCAACUAGAGCCGCGUACUUUUCCCCGUCGGAAGCACAAAUCCUCAUGGAGGCAUACGAGGAGGUAAAAGAUAUAAUUAAGAAGAAAGGCAACACCGCCACAGUGAUAAAGCAAAGAGAAAAAGCGUGGCAAAGUAUUGCAGACCGCCUGAAUGCAUUAAACAUGAACGGGCCAAAACGGACAUGGCAGCAGGUCAAAAUCAAAUACAAGAACAUUCUGCAGAAUGCAGUGAAAAAGAAUACCCACAGACAAGGCACGGGUGGUGUGUCACCAAAGGCUGACCUUACCCCAGCAGAGGACAUGGCCUUGGAGCUAAAUAAAGGCAGGCCCGUCUUAGAGGGGAUCCCUGGGGGGAAAGAGACGAGCAUAGGUUCCUCCCAAGAUGCCACCCGUUUCAUUCAAGUGUCUGGCAGCACUGUGUUCCUGUUAGAGCCACCAGCACAAGCACCAGACGAUGCUGAUCCAGGUGAAGGCCCCAGUGCAGCAGCAACAGCACAUGAUGGAGACGAUGAUGAUGAGGAGGAGACCAUCUCUCUGGAUUCCAGAAGGCAUGAGAGCUCACAAGCUAUCAGAAAGUUGUAUGGCAACCACCUCCGGCGCCAAAUAGAACUGGCAGACAUAGACAUUCAGUACAAGAAGAAAAAGAUGGAAAAUCUUGCACUGGAGUCCGAAAUAAAAAAGAGGACAAUUAGGAAACUGGACCUUGAAAUAAAAAACCUUGAGAGGGAGCUCCAAGAAGAUGACACAGCUCAAAAUAAAAAUUAGGUAUAUUCUCGUAAAGUCAAGUGAGCCAUGACAUAUGAGCUCUUAUUGUGAGCACACAGGACGGUGGCAUCUUUCUAAGGUUUUUUUUAUUUUCCCAGCAAUCAGUACAACCAAGUCAUCGUUAUAAGGCAUCGCCCUCUUUUGCCCACCCCCCCCAGCACCAGGU